AUCAGUUGCAUGCGCAACUCCCAUAAUGGUGCGAAUCACUACUCAAGCGAACAGGGUUAAUGAAUCAAUGCCUCGAUACAUGGCCACGUUUUUACCACGGACUUUCCCCUUGUCUUUUUUUUUUUGCUUAUCCGAACUUCACAACUCAACGCUAAGGUUUUUCUUUUUGUUUUUGAGGGGGAUUGUAAACAGCGGAAAAUUUAACUCCUCUUGUUGCCCAGGGCGGCUUGACCCGUUGCAUUUAAUAUGGGGCCGGAUCUUCAUGAGCUUUUCCCCAUCUUCUCUUGCGCUCCAAUGGGCGGCCGAUUCAUCGGUCAAAACAAGGCCAUAUAUCAAUUGGGUAGUAUCGAAGGCGCGGUGCAACGAGAUAACCCAAGCAUGUUUCCCCGCGUCGCGUGGAUGGUUACGUCGAACAUGUGCGGGGACGGCGGCAAAAUGAACCGACAAGGCGCUGGAGAACGUCAUGGCCUCACAGGUUCGCAUACCGAGUAAGGCAGGUCACUUCAAACGAAUCGUGCGUGACCUAUGAGGUGAACAACAUGUGACAUGGAUUUGGCGUGUUUUUAUACCGGUCGAGCCCCCCGGGUCUUGUCCGACUCCUUUUGGACCCCCUUUCACUCUCUAUUCUCAUGGCCGGCCCUCUGUCCCUGGCAAGACCUUCCUCUCCCUCCUGUGUACGCUAGAGGACAAGCAAGAGAAGAGAGAAACAAAGCAGACAAGAUGGGUCGAUUAACAAGCGCCCUCCUCCUCGGCCUGGCGCUCUUCUCGGGCGACGCCGCCGCGGCGGAGCAGCGGUCGCGAGAGAGCCUCAAUGCCGGCUGGCGCUUCAGCCGCUUCACGUCCAACCCGGACGGGCUGACCUACUCGUCGCUCAAGCCCUUCAUCCUGCCGGCGGCCAACGACUUUGUCGUGGACCCGGCCAAGCACGCCCAGCGGCCCGCGCAGGGCUCGGAGCCGGCGGCGCCCGAGUUCUCCAAGGCCGAGUUUGACGACGGCUCCUGGGAGGCCCUGAACCUGCCCCACGACUGGGCCAUCAAGGGCCCCUUUUACGAGGGCCCCGACCCUCCCGUGGGUGGCGGCCAGGGGAGGCUGCCCAGCCAGGGCAUCGGCUGGUACAGGCGGAACCUGGACUUUGCGCCCGAGGACGCCGGCAAGGCCGUCUACAUCGAGAUCGACGGCGCCAUGAGCUACUCGACCGUCUGGCUGAACGGCAGGAUCGUGGGUGGUUGGCCGUACGGCUAUGCUAGCUACCGGCUGGAGCUUACCCCCUUCCUCAAGGAGGGCAAGAACCAGCUUGCCAUCAGGGUUGACUCGCCUAUUGACGUGUCUCGGUGGUACCCGGGUGGGGGUGUCUACAGAAAUGUCUGGCUCACCAAGGUCAACCCCACGCACGUCGGCCACUGGGGAACUUACAUCAAGACCAAGGAUGUCUCUUCAGAGUCUGCUACGGUAGAUCUUGCCGUCACCUUGGAGAGCACAAGCAAGCAAGAAUCCAAGGUCGUCGUCACGACAGACGUCCAUGUCCUGGAUGCCUCUGGUCAGCCCGGGGCCAAGGUGGCGUCGUUUGGUAAUGCCACUGUCACUGUCCCUGCUGGCUCAUCCAGCUCGACCAACGGCACUGUGACCAUCUCAAACCCGGCCCUUUGGGGACCCAAGCCAGAUCAGACUCCCAACCUCCACGUCGCUGUCACGAGCGUCUACUCUAGCGAUGGGGAGCUCCUCGACACUUACAAGACCAACUUUGGUAUCCGCAACCUGCAGUACACCAACGACGGACUCCACGUCAACGGCAAGCGCGUCUACCUUCAGGGCGUUUGCCAGCACCACGAUCUGGGCAGCUUGGGCUCGGCCUUCCACGUGCCGGCGGCGAGGCGCCAGCUCGAGAUGCUCCAGGACAUGGGCAGCAACGCGGUGCGGACAUCGCACAACCCUCCGGCGCCCGAGCUCCUGGAGCUGGCCGACCAUAUGGGCAUGCUGGUUCUCGACGAGAUCUUUGACACGUGGUCUAUCCACAAGGUGGAAAACGACUUUGCCUCCAUCUGGGACGACUGGUCGGAGCCGGACCUGCGCGCCUUUGUGCGCCGCGACCGCAACCACGCCUCGGUCUGGGCAUGGAGCUACGGCAACGAGGUGCGGGAGCAGCUUACCGAUGGCGGCGAACGUACCGCGCAGCGGCUGGCGGGCAUCGCGCACGAGGAGGAUGCCACGCGCUCCAGCAGCGUGGGCAUGAACAAUGCCGGCCCCGGCUCGCCGUUCACGGCCGUCGUGGACCUCAUCGGGCUCAACUACCAGGGCGAGGGCAAGACGGGCACGCGCCCUUCGUUCCCCAACUUCCGCUCCAUCUACCCCAACAAGAUGAUCUACUCGACCGAGUCUUCGUCGGUCGUCUCCUCCCGCGGCACGUACGUGUUCCCCGUUCCGUCUGAGAACUCGGCCGUCGUCAACAUCACCACGGCCGUGGGCGUCAUCAACGACACGCGCCAAGUGUCGAGCUACGAGCUGCACGGCGUGGAAUGGGGCGCCAGCCCGGACAAGGUCUUUGCGGGGCAGGACGAGUUCCCCUACGUGGGGGGCGAGUUCGUCUGGACGGGGUGGGACUACAUUGGCGAGCCGACGCCGUACGACGACGAGUCGCGCUCGUCCUACUUUGGCAUCAUCGACCUCGCCGGCUUCCCCAAGGACCGCUUCUACCUGUACCAGGCGCGGUGGGCGGCGGCCAAGCCCAUGGCGCACAUCCUGCCGCACUGGAACUGGGCCGGCCGCGAGGGCCAGGUGACGCCCGUGCACGUCUUCUCGUCGGGCGACGAGGCGGAGCUCUUUAUCAACGGCAAGAGCCAAGGCCGCAAGACGCGCGGGCAGCUCGAGUACCGCUUCCGCUGGGACGACGUCGCGUACGCGCCCGGCGAGGUCCACGUCGCCACCUACAAGGGCGGCGCGCCCUGGGCCAACGCCACGGUGCGCACGACGGGCGCGCCCACCACGCUCUCCCUCUCCAGCUACAAGGAGCAAAAGACGCUGCGGGCCGACGGGAGCGACCUCGCCUUCCUCAGCGUCGCCGUCACGGACGACCAGGGCGACGUGGUGCCGACGGCGGAGCCCGAGGUCAGGUUCUCCGUCUCGGGCCCCGCCGAGAUCGUGUCCACCGACAACGGCAACCCCACCGACUUUGUGCCCUUCCCCAGCCACACCAGGAAGGCGUUCCGGGCCAAGGCGCUGGCCAUCGUCAGGGCCAAGGAGGGCGCAGGGCGCAUCGUGGUGACGGCCGAGGCGGAUGGGUUGAAGAAGGGCGAGUUUGUGCUGAAUGCUUGAGGGAGAGAAGAAUAUUGGGUCGGGUCUUUUUUUGGGGGACGAAAAAUGGAAAUGAUGCAGCGCGCAAAAUGACUGAUGGCACGCAAAAAAAAGCGGGGGUGGGGUGGAUACCUAAAAUUAGCCUGCAGCAAAUACAAAUCUCUAAUGACCA